UCCUCCCAAUUCCUGAUCUCUACCAUGCAUGUGGUCCAAGACGUCGAAGCCUCAUUAGUUUCCAAUUAGCAUCUUUCAGCUCGGCCGCUCUUCCGAACAUAAUCUGGAAACGUAAAAAUUCAAGUUCCAUGAACCAUCCCUCGAGCAAUUUCGCCGGUUUUCACCCAUCGGCAAUGCAAAAAAGUAACCAAUACGUGAUGAACGGUUCGAAAAGUGAACCAAUCCGUCUGAAAUUCGGCAUAGACCAGUUGCUGGCGGAAGAUACGAAACCAAUAGUGUCCUCCGAGCCAAAUACAGAAGUUCCUUGUUCCGACUGUGUUACGUCACUUUUUCGCUGUUGUAGACUGAGCACGUCAGGUGGUUGCGGCCAGGGGCAAGUCUCCAACUUUUUGGGUCAUCAUUUUGGAUACGGGACUGGUAUUGGCGCUUAUACCGUCCAGCCAAUUAGACCUUUUGCUACCAGGCCAAACAUACGUGUACCACAAUCUACCACGUCACCCAGUCCUCCGAUAUCGGCUAACAACGGGAAGCGGAAGAGGUCUUGGUCGAGAGCAGUGUUCAGCAACCUUCAGAGAAAAGGUCUGGAGAGGAGAUUCCAGCUACAAAAAUACAUAACCAAGCCUGAUCGACGACAGUUGGCUGCCACGUUGGGAUUGACAGAUGCACAGGUGAAGGUUUGGUUCCAAAACAGAAGGAUGAAAUGGAGGCAUUCGAAGGAAGCGGGGAAAAACGGCGAAAAUGCUGCAGAUUCUACCCAAGAUCAAGAUUUCAAUAUAGACGUGGAUACGAUUUCCGAGAAUGACUGAGCUGAUAUCAAUUGACAUUAUACGUAUACAAUAUGUUGUUAAUACAGGGUGAGUCCUUGGAUAAUACUGAUAGUGAAUACAUUUUGUAAUUCGAACGAAGUAAGUUUUAUAUUUAAUAAAAAUAUUAUUAUACAUUA